AUGAAUUUCGAAUCUAAUUACUACAAGCUACUUGGGGUUGAUGAAAACGCUUCGAAUGCUGAUAUACGCAAAGGCUUCCACCGCGAAGCACUCAGAAUACAUCCCGAUAAAAAUCGUAAUGAUAUCCAUGCCGAUGAAAGAUUUAGAGAGCUUGUCAAAGCUUAUCAAAUAUUAUCAAAUGAUUCAACUAGACAAGCUUACAAUGUAAAAGGUGAUGAAGUUCGUGAUGAUACAGUUAAUCAGAGUAUUCCACGGUUACCGGCUAGUAAGAGGCUUUCUCAAUCCUAUGAAAGAAAAAUCAAAGAAUGGAUCAAUGAAUUUCCCGAAUGUGAAUUUUCUGAUAAUUUUGACAAUGAAAUAGAUACAAUAAGAAAAAACAUUUUAGAUCAAUAUCAAGAAGAAUUAAAUGUAAAAAAUACUAGAGCAAUAUGUUUUGUAUGUGAUCAAUAUUGCAAUAAUAUUUCUGAACAUAUGCAAACUGUACAACUUGAUUGUUCGACACAUCUUAAAAGUAUCACUCAGUCAAAAUCUUUGAACAAUAUUUUGUCAUUAAUGGCACCUGAUGAUUGGUCAUGGGCACCUAUCAAGUCGAUGCCGUCAAAACUUGAAGAGAUUUGGAUAAAUUCAAGUUGGUCUUCAUUCGAAAAAUUUGUUCAAAAACUUUUACCUGUUGCUGAUUUUUUGAAGAAUAUUCUAAUACUUUCAUCAGCGCAUAUUUCAAAUCAAGCACAGUACGCUGAAAUCGAAAUCAUUUUCAAAUUGACUCAUCAUUUCCAUUCAGUCAUUAAGAUUCCAGAUCUUAGUUCAUAUACAUCACUAAUUGAUGCUGAACUUCGAACAUAUAAAAGUGGUAGUGACUCAAAUAAAACAAACUAUUCAGUAGGACAAAAAAUUUCUAUAGUAAAUAAUUCGAAAAAACACAAUGUACUUAGUCAAUUAACAUAUUUCGUAGAAGAACCGAGAUUUGAUAAUCAUAAGUCAUCGAAAUGUUUGUCGUGCUGGAAAGACUUCAAUUUGUUUCGAUGGCGAUAUUCAUGUCGUAUGUGUGGCAAAAUUUAUUGUGAUGAUUGCUUAAUUUGGCAAACAUGUCGCCAUCUAGGACAUACAACUCCAGUACGUAUCUGUCAUUCAUGUUCUACAAAAAUUAAAUCAAUUUUGAUCAAUACUAUUUUCGAACAUAUACAACAGCUAUUAAAAGAGAAUAUUGAUACUGAACACCUUAUUACGUAUAUUCAUUUACUUCACUGGUAUCGUUCGUCGAAUAUUGAUGAUGAUUAUUUAUAUGAGCAAGCGACUUUUUAUUAUCUGAAGAAGAAACAAUAUAUCAAUGCUAUUCAAUGUACUCAAUAUAUUUCAAAGCAAAAUUUUCAAUUGUGGUUUAAUCUUGCUGAAAAGUUUUAUUCCUCUUUAGCCUAUGAAUACAUACGAAUUUGCUAUGACACUAUUAGCAAAUCUUUUAAGUAUGUUUCUAAUAAAUGGGAAAAAAUCGGUGAUGAUUAUUAUGCAACAGGUAAAGGUAUUUUAGCUCUUCUUGCAUAUGAACAAGCGAAACUAAGUCUGGAAGACAUUUGGAAAAAAUCAAUUAGUAAGAAAAAAAUCAAUGAAAAUGAUCGUAGAUUAUUCAUUUUCUAUGUUAAACUUCAAAAAGAAACCUUACAACUGUUUAAUCAAUGGAUUAAAUGGUUGAUUGAUCUUAUACAUGAUGAACAUUAUCAAUCUUUAGUUAUUGAUACUCUUCGAUUAAUUGAUUUAUCUAUUCAAGAUUGGUAUAUUAUUUUAAAUGAUAUUUUUAAUCGUCAACAGUACAUGACUUUGGUAUCAAUUUUAUGUCAACUAGAUUUAAAAUUCUUCAAACAAAUCGUAUUACAUGAUCAAUGUCAGAAUUAUUUCAUAAAAUAUGUCUAUGAUUUAUUUGUUACAGGCAAAUUCGAAUGUGUUGAACAAUCGAUCGAACGUUUUACGCAACAUUUAAAUUCCCCAGAGAUUCUAUUUGGUUUAACAUUUGUACAUGCAUUACAUGAACCUAAUUGGGAGAACUUGCGAGAAAUUUAUUUUUCUAAAGCACAAUUCCAGGAAGUAUUUUUCUGCACUAAAAUUCUUACUUUACUUCAAUCAAAAUCAGAUAUAAACUUCGAUUGGAUUCAUAAUAGUCUAGAAACAAAUCAAUCGAUUUUCUAUUUACUUAAGCAUCUAAUAAGCAUUCAUAGUUAUAAAGAACUGGCUGAAAGUUAUGCAAAAUCACAACAUUUUAAAAUAUCUAUGAAUUAUUAUUACCUAGCCUUUUCUUAUUCGUCGAAUUUAGAAACUGUUGAAACGAUUUUGACAUCUGUUACAUCUCAUCUGUCGUCGUCUCAAGCUCUGAGAUGUUAUAUCAGUGCUUACAAACUUUUACAAUCGAAUGAAAAAUAUGCCGUGAAAAUUCUCACAUUCAUUGUUGAUUCAUUUCGAAAACAUGGAAAAUCCCUAAUUAAUUUAUCUGCUUCGAUUAUCUUAAAUUUUCAAAAUACUGUCGAAAGUCUUGUUGAUAUUUAUAUUAAUUUAUUGGAAGAAUUGUAUGAAAAUUGUGAUCAUAAUUUUAUUUUAAUUAAUGAUAUUCAUCAUACAAUCAACAAUAUAACUCCAACAACACAAUUAAUGUCAGAGAAAAUGAAAAGUUUAAUGUUUUCCUAUCGAAAACAAUUAUCUAUUCAAAAUCAACAAGAAAUUAAAAAAGCUAUUUGUAAUGAUAUUAUAACAUUAACAAAAUGUUUACUUGAUGUAAGAAAUGCUGAUAUUCUUAAAAAAAUUCAUCUCGAAUACUUUGCUAAUCGAGAUAUAUCAUGUACACUAAAUGAAUAUCGAGCUAAAAUGUAUAUCUUCGAAUGCAUGAUAUCCAAACUUGAAAAUCAUUAUUUGGAAGCUACUAGUAAAUUAAAUGAAGCAAUUGUUGUAUUUCCAUCAAAUGAAAUAAUAAAAGCAGUGACCAUGAUUAUGAACGAUUUAAGUUUUCGUCAAGCGAUCUUGAAAGAUUUAUUAAGUGAUGUCGAACUAUUAUCAUUAAAUGAUGUGACAACUGUUUCUCAACCAUCUAUGUCAUUUGUAAAUGAGAAUUUUCUUUCAAUAAAUACAAAUCUGUUACUCAUAAGAAAAUAUGAACGAGGAAUUUUAAAAUAUUUAAAAAAUGAUCCAUUGCAAUCGGCUUUUUCUUAUAUUGACAUGUGUCAAGCUGUGCAUGAUGCUACAUGUAUUGUAUCCAAUUGGACUUUGGCUUGCUUAUAUUUUUUUAAAUUAUUAAUGAAAUCUCAUUUUAUUAUGGAUAAUAAAGCAGAAGUCUAUGCAUAUCGAAAUCUAAUUAAUGAACUUGCCUGUCAAAUAUACUUAUUUUCAUCGACAUACUUAUCACCACAUAUGCAAAUCUAUGUCUUCCGAUUAAUCCUUCCUGUUCUUAUACAAACAGCUCAAAUUUUUCGAUUAUCAAUCAAUUCUCUCUGUAAAGCAAAUCAAAUAUUUCGAAAAAACUUACAAUUGAUUCUAUCAGAAGAACAAACUGAAAUAAUCAACAGAUUAUUAAUCUCGACAAUCAAUCUAAGUAAAGUAUCACCGUUAAUCCAAAUACCUGUAUCAAUGAGUUAUGAUAUUUUAUAUCGUGAAUUAGUUGGUGGAGAUUUUCUUGUAUGUUUUCUUGAAAAUAUGAUCGAAUCGAAUACAACACAACGAUAUUUAUACGAAUAUUAUUUAUUUGAAGGUAUUUGGAAAGGUUGGGCACGUAAUAAAGACUUUAGUGUAAUUCGUCGUGCAUGUAUGAAAUCACUUUUGUCAACUAAAACUUGGGAUAUGUUCGAUGUUCAAUUACUACUCGAUAUUCCAAUGAUCGCACGUACAAAAGAUGGAUGGCUCUGUAAUGAUUUUCGACCAUUAGCAUUUCUUAGUGGAAAAAAAUUUUCUCAUGUCGAUGGUAUUGAAUUUCAUAAAGAAACUGGUCGUGUGAAAUUUCAUUUUCAACCUGCUGAUGAAUCUACAGAGAAAAAAAGCAUUGCACUAUUUAAUACAAAUGAUGUUAUUGAAGUUUUCAAAAAUAAUUUAGAAUAUGGCAUAUUCACACUUGAUCAACCAGAUAAUGAAUUCCAUUCACAUCCGUUUCAACAAAUGAGAUAUCACCCGUCCUCUCUAGUCUAUACGCAAUAUUUAGCAACUUUAUUUCAUACGGAUUAUUUAUUAAAAAUGUUUACAACAGGAGCAGAAAUAUGUGCUAAACCUCCAUUCGAUAUACAACCGAUUAAUAAAGGUUUUUUUCAACGACUUCCAAAAUAUUUACAAGAGAAAUUAAAGCCAAUAAAUGAAUAUGAACGAAACAUUGCAUUUGGUCAAGCACAUCGUUUUUGGAUUGAACCAGAUAAACUUAACUAUGAAAUAGUACAACGAGAAACAAGUACCUUAUUUCUAGUUGGAGAUGUACGAUUACGAGUACGUAAACAUUUACUGAGACGAAAUCAUGAAGGACAAUUAGUUGAUGAUGAAAAUGAAGAUGAAUAUGAAAAAAGUUCACCUGAAAGUAUGUUUGCAAAAGCAUUUACCGAUCAUUAUGAUGAAAUUGGUAAUUAUUUUCCUGAGCUUCUUCGUUUGAAAGAAUUACUCAAAUUAAGUGCACUUUGUAAAUUUGCUCGGGCUCAUUAUCAAAAGCUCUCCGAAGCUCCUCAUGAGUCUAUAAGAGAUUUCAUUCGCUUUACAAGAAGUCAAUUACAUGAAUAUCCACAUGCAAACGAUUUUUCUGUGGAGAUGUACUAUAAAAAAUUAUUGUUAGAAAAUCAUAUUUCGUCAUUCAAUGUUCCAUAUGCAGAAGCUAAUGCACUUCGGAUGGAAAUUCGUAGACAACUGCAAGCAGUUGAUCAGAAAAUUAUAGAACAAUUAACAGACGUUUUUUGUCAACAAGCUCAUACAAGUGCUAAAAUUAACAUGAAAGAACUUGUCAACAAUUGGCUAGAUGGCUCAAUUUUUGAUGAAAUGGCACUGGUCAAUUUUAUUGCAAAAGAAAUUGAACAUUUUCAUUGUGAAAUUAGAAAGCCCUUAGAAAAACUAGGAAUUCGAUUAAGAAAUAACAAUGAUGAACAGCAAACAUUAGUCGAGGAAAUGCCGAGCUUGAUUAUAAAUUAA